GUCCAAUAGAUCAGCAGAGACGAUGCUGGCCUCUCCUGUGGCCCCCACUUUGACGGUGCCAUUUCGCACCAAGCCCUGGAAUGGAAGUCAACCCUGUCAACGGUGUCCACCACGUGACCCCCGUGACCCUCGUGCUUUCGCCACAAAGACACCGUUGGUCGCGCCGGUGCCGCUGGUGUCGCUGGUGCCGCUGGUGCUUGGCGCUGGAAGCCUUCGGAUCCUUCGGCAGUCGUACUCAGCUCGUCGUCGAACCGUCAAGGCUACGUCGCAUGGUGUGGAUCCCAUCGCUGAUCCUGCACACCAUCGUGUUUGGGAAGGUUGGGAGUGGCAAGAUUGGGGCAUCAGAUACGUGCGACGACGGCAUUUGGAACCAGUCCCUGUGGGUUUUGCUCAAGACCCGGUGGCCAUGAAACGUAUCGAUUUGACACGCAAAUUGGAGCAAAUGAUUCAUGAAACGUAUCAAAGUGAUGCUCAAAGUGAUGCUCGAAGUGAUGCUCAAAGUGAUGCUCCAAGUGAUGCUCAAAGUGAUGCUCAAAGUGAUGCAAAGACAUCAGAAGAGUUUGCUGCGAAGAAGGUGAUGGAACGCCUGGAAAGGUUGGAAAGGUUGGCAUGUGUUCUGGCGCAGCUGGCAGGUGAGAGGUGGGCUUCGAACGUGGAAGAAGUGUUGCAAAGAAAAGUCAACUCGGUGGCCAUUGUCUUAGAAAGGCCUUGCAACCUUCGAAAUGCUUGGACGGUUCUCAGGACUGUGGAUGCCUUUGGCCUUGUGCAGGUGGAGCUAGUUGAUGGAGAUGAUGCACGUUUCAGUGAGAUCGCGGGCGCAUUGCAAUUGCAGCCGUGGCUACUGCUUCGUCGCUGGAAAGAUGUGCCAAGUUGCUUCGAGGCAUUGCGCCGUGAAGGGCGGCAGAUCUGGGCCUUGGACCUGUCCAAGAAACCCUUGGACGAAGUGCUGAGCGCCUGGAGGACUCGAAAUGCUGAGCCUCCAAAACUGGCGUUCGUCUUGGGCAGCGAGCAUAUUGGCGUGUCUCCAGCUGCUCGUAGUUUGGCAGACGGUUCUUGCCUUCUGCCAAUGAAAGGGCUGUGCAUUUCGUUCAACGUCAGCGUGGCCUGUGCCAUUCUGCUGGCCACCUUGGACGCGGAAGGCUUCCUGCAGCUCUCGUUGGACUCCAGGGAGGCACAGCUGCUGCGUCUCCGUUGGCUUCUGCAGGCGUGUCCUCCAGAGGCAGCGGAAGAAGCCUUGAAGGUGGAGCUUCAGGGUGAAAAAGAACAUUUGUGGGACAUGCGUUCAUGGUCCUUCAUGCAGAAAUUCUUUGCUUAA